GAUGGCUCCUUGUUUUCAUAGUCGUAGCGGUCGGAUGGUUACUCUUAGCAAUGGAAAUCGAACAGCCGAAAGAAUUCGCCCUCUUCAAGAAUUCAAUAACGGUUUAGUGAUGAGCGAUGAACCUUUACGUGACAACCAAUUAUUUGAAGUUCGCAUUGACAGGAAGGUUGAUACAUGGAGUGGAUCCAUUGAGAUUGGAGUGACUACACAGGACCCUAGUUCCCUUACUUUCCCAACCAGUGCCACAAAUUUGAGAGAAGGAUCUUGGGUCAUGUCUGGGUUAUCAGUGCUACAAGAUGGUCAUUCUUUUCUGGAAGAAUAUGGUAGUGACCUUGACAAGCUAAAGGAAGGGGAACGAGUUGGAGUGAUGAGAACAUCUAGUGGUGAUCUUCAGUUCUUUGUUAACGGUAGAAACCUUGGAGCAGCCGCUACUAACAUUCCACAGCGAGUAUUUGCUGUUAUAGAUAUGUAUGGAAAAUGUGCUCAAGUGACUCUGAUUGAUAGUACAGAGGCUCGGCUCUUAGCAAAUGAAGUCAGCAAUGAAUACAUUGCUGCCGGUCAGAUUCAGAGCAACACGUGGGAAAGUCGCCUGCAGUUUCACGAACAUUGCGGUUCUCUUGUGAAACUAUCAAACAACAAUAGAACAGCAGAGAGGAAGAAACCAGCCGACGAGUUUAAUAAUGGUGUGGUCAUGACCAAUCGACCAUUGAAUGAAGAUGAAUUAUUUCAGAUAAGAAUAGAUGAACUUGUAAAUAACUGGUCAGGGUCAAUUGAAGUUGGGGUUACUACUCACUGUCCAGACACCCUUGAGUUCCCAGCCACAAUGACCAACAUGAGGUCAGGGACUGUGAUGAUGAGUGGAUGUGGGAUUUUGACCAAUGGUAAAAGUAGCAACCAGUAUUAUGGAAAAUUUAACUUAGACGAACUCCACGAAGGAGACCGAAUUGGACUAAUGAGGAAAUCUAACGGCAACCUCCACUACUACAUAAAUGAGUUAGAUCAAGGCAUAGCAGCAAGUGACAUCCCAGCUGUCGUGUACGGUGUUGUGGACUUGUACGGCAUGACAGUGAAAGUGACCAUCGUAGAUGAGGUCCAGGACAGUUCUCCCGAAGCUCUUGACCAGAACUUUAGUAACAUGUUUAGUGAAGAAACCUACUUACCAGCUUCUCUAGCCAAUUCACAAGAAUUAGAACCAUUAUUGUUCCACGAGAGGUGUGGAGUCCAUGCUGAAAUCACCAACAAUGGACGCACAGCUCUCCGUCCAAAUGCGCUGGAAGAUUUCAAUAAUGCUGUUGCUUUGACUAAUCGACCUCUGAGGACAGCGGAGAUGUUUGAGGUCAUCUUAGAGCAGCAAGUGGUCAAGUGGACAGGGUCUAUAGAGAUUGGAGUGACCACACAUUCACCCUAUGACAUUGAAUUUCCAUCGACUAUGACCAACAUGAGAUCUGGGACGUGGAUGAUGACUGGUAGUGGUAUCAUGUGUAACGGAACCUCUGUAGUUGAAGAAUAUGGGAUAAAUUUAGAGCGAUUAAAGAUUGGUGAUCGAGUGGGAGUCCUCCUAGAACCAGAUGGAACACUCCAUUUUUAUGUUAAUGGGGAGGACCAAGGAGCUGCAGCCAAAUGUGUGGCUGAAAAACUGUACGGAGUUAUCGAUCUUUAUGGGCAAGCUGCACAAGUCUCGAUUGUUGAUUGUUCUGAACAAAAUACAGCACCUGUCCGAGCAACUGCUUUAAUAUUUCCAAGCGAUCUUCAUUUCCACCAACUUCACGGGAGGAAUGCUCGUUUGCUAAACCAAGGACUCUCAGCUGUGCGGCCUAACGCUCUUGCAGAAUUCAACGAUGCCAUUGUAAUGACCAACAGACCUCUUCGAGAAGGAGAAAUGUUUCAAGUCCUAAUUGAUAAAAUGGUGGAUCGAUGGUCGGGAUCUAUUGAAGCAGGUGUUACAACUAUUCCUCCAGCAGCCCUACAGUUUCCGAGCACGAUGACAGACAUCAAACAUGACACGUGGAUGUUAAGUGGUUCUGCUGUGAUGCAGGAUGGAAAAACAAUCCGGGAUAGAUACAAGUGUGAUCUUGAUUCUCUGAAGACGGGAACUCGGAUAGGAAUGAUGCGACAUCUUGAUGGAACUCUUCACUACUAUGUGAACAACGAAGAUCAAGGAAUAGCCUGUCGAGAUGUGCCACCAGACGUAUAUGCCGUUAUUGACUUGUACGGUCAGUGUGCUCAAGUUACGAUUGUGCACAGCAACCACACAUUUUCAAGUGGUUCCAGCUCUACACCUUUCACCCCGGAGAGUCCACAAGUCAGCAUCCCUGCUCCGCUUGGAAAUGAAAGAACUAAGUACUUCAGCUUGUGCUUUGGGAAGAAUAUUACGCUUCGAGAGAACAACACGGCUGCAACUCGAGUUAGGGGAUUCAGCCAUGGUUUGUUGUUUAGCAGUGCACCUCUAGACCCUGGUGAAGUGUUUGAGGUUCAGGUUGACCAGGUAAACCUUCUAUGGGCUGGACAUUUGUCUGUGGGACUGACCACUUUGGUACCAUCACUUGCGAUCUCUCCAUUUUACUUGCCAGCUUCUGCGAACUUACUGAAAGGAUCCGAUACGUGGAUCCUCACUGAUAAGCAAGUUAAGAAGAACGGAACUGUUCUGAAGGACAAUUAUUGUAUGUCUUUAAGAUGUCUCACGGUAGGAGACAAAGUUGGUGUACAGUGUCGAAAUGAUGGUAGUUUUCAUGUUUAUAUCAAUGGUGAAGACCAGGGUAUAGCUGCGGCUAACCUUCCUAAG